UUUGCGUCGUAAGCACUCAGAGAGGAUCCAACAUCUGGACAAAAGAGAUAUUAAUUAGGGCCUUCAGACUGAAAUGAAACCCUGCGUGGCAAUUGUUAUCAUUUUCCAUUUUUUUCUAUUCAUCGAAAAUGAAGCACUUCGGGAAGUUUGUUAAUUAUGGAAUAUUUCAUUGCGGACAAUGUUGCGCAUGUUUAAUUUCACAGUAUUUGCGGUGACAAUGGAAACAACAAGAAGCAGAGACAAAGUGAACCCGUCUUAACCACACGGUUUACAACUAGUUUAUAGGAGCAGUCCUUGUAAGGGUCUUCCCUUAGAAUGUCGCAAACACAUAAAAGAAGCAUAGAGAAAGUCCUAAAGAUGGGAGGAAAUCCUUAAACAAAAGAAAAGAGUGGAUUAAACACAAUUUAGGAAGACAUUUAAAUAAAGAACAAAAGGGGAAAAUAAAGAGGUGAGAAAGAAUAACGAUGAUUAAACAAGCUGUAACCGUCCCCUCUGUGUCUCCCAGGUGGCCCGUCUCCUGAGCCCCUGGAUAUGAAUACUAAAGCGACCGUGCUCUGGGCCCUGCUCGUGCUGCACUGCGGCCCCACCGGGGGCAGCAUCCUGUACCGGGUGCAGGAGGAGCAGCCCCCCAACACCCUGAUCGGCAGCCUGGCGGCCGACCAGGGGCUGCCCGACUCGGGCCACCUCUACAAGCUGGAGGUGGGCGCCCCGUACCUGCGCGUGGACGGCAAGACCGGGGACAUCUUCACCACCGAGGUCCCCGUCGACCGCGAGACCCUGCGGGACUGCCGCGCCCAGGUGAAGGGAAAGCCCUGCUACCUGGAGUUCGAGGUGUCGGUGACGGACCUCAUCCAGAACCAGAGUCCCCGGCUCAUCGAGGGCCGCAUCGAGGUGCAGGACAUCAACGACAACACGCCGCAGUUCCCCUCCUCGGUGCUCACCAUCUCCGUGCCCGAGAACACGCACAUGGGCGCGCUCUUCUCCAUCCCUGUGGCGACCGACAAGGACUCGGAGCGCAACGGCGUGGCGGACUACGCGCUGGCGGCCGGGCCGGACGCCACCACGCUGUUCGGCCUGCAGGUGGCGGAGGACCGCGGGGAGAAGCUGCCCCAGCUCAUCGUGCUGGGGAUGCUGGACCGCGAGGUCAAGGACUCGUACGACCUGACCAUCAAGGCGGUGGACGGGGGCCACCCCCAGCGCUACAGCAGCGCCCUGCUCCGGGUGGUGGUCACCGACGCCAACGACAACUCGCCCAAGUUCGAGAAGUCCGCGUACGACGCGGAGGUGCAGGAGAACAGCCCGGUGGGACACUCGGUUCUGCAGGUCAAAGCCAACGACUACGACAUGGGCCCCAACGGGGAGAUCGAGUACACCCUCCACCAGGCCCUGGACCCCGUUCCCAAGCUGCUCCGCAUCGACCGCUCCACCGGCAUCAUCUACGUGAAGGGCGCCCUGGACCGCGAGGAGGUGGACAGCCUGACCUUCUACGUGGUGGCCCGGGACCGGGGGCCGCAGCCCAAGAGCUCCAAGACCUUCGUGACCAUCGGGGUGACGGACCAGAACGACAACGCGCCCGCCGUGGAGAUCCGGGGCAUCGGCCUGGUCACGCACAGCGAGGGCGUGGCCAACAUCUCGGAGGACAUGCCGGUGGGCACGGCGGUGGCGCUGGUGCAGGUGUCGGACCGCGACGAGGGGGAGAACGCGGUGGUCACCUGCGUGGUGGCGGGCGACGUGCCCUUCCAGCUGCGGCCCGCCAGCGACUCGUCCAGCGACAACAAGAGGAAGUACUUCCUGCAGACGACCACGCCGCUGGACUACGAGCGGGUCCGGGACUAUCGGGUGGAGAUCGUGGCGGUGGACUCGGGGAACCCGGCGCUGUCCAGCACCAACUCGCUGAAGGUGCAGGUGACGGACGUCAACGACAACUCGCCCAUCUUCUCGCCCGCGCUGUUCGAGGUGGACUUCGCCGAGGAGAACCAGCCGGGCGAGCGGGUUCUGAACGUCGUCGCCGCCGACGCCGACAGCGGUACGAACGCGGAGCUGGUCUACAGCAUCGUGGCCGACGCGUCCAUCAAGGGCCUGUUCGAGAUCGACGCCGGCUCCGGGGAGGUGCGAGCCCGGAGCCCCCUGGACCGGGAGCAGCGGGAGCGCUACGAGUUCCGGGUCACGGCGGCGGAUAAGGGGUCGACGAGCCACCGAGGCACCGCCACCGUGGUGAUACGAGUCCUCGACCGCAACGACAACGACCCCAAGUUCAUGCUGAGCGGCUACAGCUUCUCCGUGCUGGAGAACAUGCCGCCGCUCAGCCCCGUCGGCAUGGUGACGGUCAUGGACGUGGACAAAGGCGAGAACGCCCACGUCCACCUCUCGGUCGAACCCGACGGAGGGAAGUUCGUGGUGCAGAACGGCACCGGCACCAUCCUCUCCAGCAUCUCCUUCGACCGGGAGAGGGAGGGCAGCUACACCUUCCGGCUGAAGGCGGUGGACGGGGGCGACCCGCCCCGGUCCUCGUACGUGGGCGUGACCAUCAACGUGCUGGACGAGAACGACAACGACCCCGUGGUCACCAAGCCCGCCAACUACUCCUUCAAGAGGCUGUCACCGCUGGCGACCCCGGACAGCCACGUGGAGGUGGUGGAGGCGGAGGACCUGGACAGCGGGCCCAACGCCGAGCUCAGCUUCAGCAUCACCGGGGGCAACCCCUACCAGCUGUUCCGCAUCUCCCCCACCAGCGGGGAGAUCACCCUGGCCAAGGAGCUGACCAGGAAGCACGGCGGGCUCCACCGCCUCGUGGUGCGCGUCAGCGACCGCGGGAAGCCGGCGCGCCACACCACCGCCCUGGUGCACAUCUACGUCAACGAGACCAUCUCCAACGUCACCAUGGUGGAGACGCUGGUGGGCCACAGCAUCUACACCCCGCUGGACCGCGACAUCGCCGGCGACCCCGACAACGGCCUCGCCGCGCAGCGCGGCAACAUCCUGUUCGGCAGCCUGGCGGGCGUCGCGGGCGUGGUCAUGCUCAUCCUGGCGGUGGUGUUCAUCCGCCACCGCAUCCACCGCGACACCAAGAGCGGCUACCAGGCCGGCAAGAAGGAGUCCAAGGACCUGUACGCACCCAACAAGCAGGUGCCCAAGAACGGCAAGGGCAAGCGCGGCAAGAAGGGCAAGCCGUCCAAGUCGCCCAAACCCCUGGGCGAGGAGGAGGAGGUCAGCCUGCAGAAGAGCCACAAGUUCAACCUGGACGGGGUGGGCGACAGCCCCCGCAUCCACCUGCCCCUCACCUACUCCCCCGGCAGCCCCGACAUCGGCCGGCACUACCGCUCCAACUCGCCGCUGCCGUCCAUCCAGCUGCAGGCGCAGUCGCCGUCGGCCUCCCAGAAGCACCAGGCGGUGCAGGACCUGCCCGCCACCAACACCUUCGUGGGCACGGGCGGAGACGACAACUCCACGGGCUCGGAGCACUACUCUGACUACAGCUACAAGACGGGCCAGUCAAAGUACAGCACCAAGCAGCACCCCCACCGGCGGGUCACCUUCUCCACCUCCCAGCCGGUGCAGCAGGACCUGCAGGACGCCUCCCACAGCUUCUACGACAGCGGCCUGGACGAGUCGGAGACCCCCAGCAGCAAGUCCUCCUCGGGGGGGCCCCGCCUGGGGCCCCUCACUCUGCCGGAGGAGCACUACGAGCGGACCACCCCCGACGGCAGCAUCGGAGAGACCGAGCACCCUGAGAACGGUAGGCCUGAGACUCCGCCCCCUCCCGCUCCUCUCCUCCUCCCCAUCCUUCAGUCACCAUGGGAACGGUAGGCUUGAGACUCGGCCCCUUCUCCCCAUCCUUCAGUCACCAUGGGAACGGUAGGCUUGAGAGUCCGCCCCUUCUCCCCAUCCUUCAGUCACCAUGGGAACGGUAGGCCUGAGACUCCGCCCCCUCCCUCUCCUCCCCAUCCUUCAAUCACCAUGGGAACGGUAGGGCUGAGACCUGGUCUGGGUGUGUUAGUGAGCCGGUGUGGACCGGUUCCUGCUCCCCUCGCUGGGUGCUCCAUGAUGAGUCUGUCGCCGUCGUCGUCUGUCAUCAGUGGGUCACCAGAGGCCUCUGUCCACUCCAGAGGGUCAGUGAACUGGUCCUUCAGAGACACCCUGCCAG